AUGACAUAUUCUCAUUUAUAUGCAGUGUGUGAAGAGAAGACUGGACCACAUGUGUACAUCAACGUGCAGAGGAUUGGAGACGUCCAGCAGCUGUUUGGUCAUCCAGAAGAACUGCAGGGAGGGAGCUCCACUCUGAAGCAGGAGGCUCCUCAGCCCCCCCACAUUAAAGAGGAAGAGGAGGAACUCUGGAUCACUCAGGAGGGAGAGUGUCUUCUAGGACUGGAUGAAACUGAUCUCACCAAGUUGCCACUGACUAUUGUCUCUGUGAAGACUGAAGAUGAUGAAGAGAAACCACAAGUAGACAACCUCUUAGCUCCACUAUCAGAUAGUGAGGCUGAAGAUGAGGUUGAAGUAUCUUUGAGCAGCGAUACAGACUGUGAAGGUGAUAUGAGGACUCACACUGACAACAAACAGUCUGAAUGCUCUCAAGAGAGGACAGGUAAAAAAUGUUUGAGCUGCUCAAUUUGUGGUAAAAGCUUUUUUAAAAAGAACACCUUGACUAAGCACUUGAGAAGACACACAGGAGAAAAAACAUUUACUUGCUCAGUUUGUGGUAAAAGAUUCCUUCAUAAUGCAGACAUGGUAAUACACAUGAGAACUCACACGGGAGAAAAACCAUUCAGCUGUUCAGUUUGUGGUAAAAGCUUUACGCAGAGUGGCACUUUGAUUCAUCACAUGAAAACACACACGGGGAGAAAACCGUUCAGCUGUUCAGUUUGCGUUAAAAGCUUUUCUCUCAAAUGCAAUUUGGCUAAACACAUUCGAACGCACACAGGAGAAAAACCGUUUACAUGUUCAGUUUGCGGUCAAAGCUUUACACAAGAAGGAAAUUUGGCUAAACACAUGAGAACGCACACUGGAGAAAAACCAUUUAGUUGUUCAGUUUGCAGUAAAAGCUUUACUCGAAAAGCCAGUGUGAAUGACCACAUGAGAACGCACACGGGUGAAAAAUUAUUUAGUUGUUCAGUAUGCGGUAAAUGCUUUUCUCAAAAGAAAUGUUUGACUAAACACAUGAAAGCACACACAGAAUAAAAAAAACAUUUAAUUGUUCAGUUUGUGGUUAAAAAAGCUUUACUCAGAAGGGCAGUUGAACUGAACACACGAAAAUGCACGGAGGUUAGUUGCUGAGUUUGUGGUAACAGAUUGGUUUAUUCACUUUGGAAGAAUCACCUUAUGGACCAGAUCUGCAGACAUGUGACGUUGGUGACACCUAGUGACCAGUUAGUACGCGGUACUACAAGUACAUAUCACAAUGUAUUACUAUUUUAAAAAUAACAAGAUUCCAGUGAUCAUGGACAAUGGACUAUGGAACUCUUUAAAAUGUAUUACAACACUUUUUCAAAACAAAUAACAGGUUUAAAAAGGUACUCUUGGCUGCUAAGGUAUGGCAUAAUCUUGUAUCUGCAGUAGUUUUAAUUGUGUGAAGGUAAUGGUUAUUUUCCAUGUUUAGUUAGAUGGAUGUCAACACCUGUCACAGCAGGUCAUGUCAUAUUUUGAGUUUGUUGGCGUUUUCCUGUGUUUGGUGUUUUAGUUCCUGUCUCGCGCUCUUAGUUAGGUGGCACUUCCUGUCGUGCAUGUUUCCACCUGCAGGUACUUUACUUUGAAAGAACAAUCAAGUCUAUUUAAGUUGAGCAGUGGCUGAUUUCUGCACGUCGAGACAUUGUGUUUUGUAUUCAAGCUUCUUCUGAGAGGAAAACCACUUUUCUGCUUUGAAGCCUGUUUUACUUCUUUUGUCAGUGCAUAGUCUUCCCCAUGCUCCAGCACAUCUCCUUCUGCGCUCGUCUUAUGUUUUUGUCUAAGAUUAAAUAUCUUUCUAUCUGCACGCCGUCUCCUUCUGACUUCUGCACAUGGGAUCACUACAAUGCCACCUGAGUGUCACAAUAAAGCUACUUCCUUGUUGUCCAGCAAUGUUUGGUGAUAUCAAGAUACAGAAUGUUGUUACUAUGGAAUAUGCAG